UGCUGUCAGAGGCGGUCCUGCCGGGACGUCCGCAGUUGGAGGACAGUGGCUGGCGGGCAGUUGAGGUGAGGACGGGCAGCCGAGGUCCGUGCGGGCGCGUUCGUGCGAGCCGCCGACUGCCAACCGGGUCGUCUCAACGGUACCUGGCGGCUGCGGGUGCAACGCGGACAGCUGCCGGCGUUUCUGCGGGGCCGACUUUCAACCCCGCCGGAUUAUUUUCUCUCCCGACUAUUUUUGUCUGGUGAAUCAUCAAGCUGCUAUAUCCCCAGUACGCGAGCGGAACGUAUUUCUCCUUCGAUUCGUGCUGUGUUCUUUGUAAUGUUACGUCGCAGCUGUCAAAAGUAUCGUCGAAAUACUUCUGAGCUACUUUUAAAAUUUGUGUGCGACUACUGAACUUGUGAACUAUAAAUAUUUGAAGAGGAGUGAUUCACACCGCAGUGGAAGCCAUCUCACUACAUUUCCAUAUUCGUAAAAAAAAAAAGUUAUCCUCAAGAGAAGUGCAAAGUGGAUAUAUCUCGUUGUAUUACGUUGCGAAUUCAUCAAAUCUGUGCAACGCGUGACUCCACUGCGUCACAAUAACAACUAAAUCUGCGAAGUCGGUGAUAUCCCCAAACUGCUAUUUCCGACGGGUAGCAAUUCUUUUCCACGAGUUUCGCUUAUGUUCCCUCGACGUUGCCACAAUAAAAUAGUCGACGCAUCCCGAUAAUUCUACGAAAUACUAUUGAGUAACGAUACUAAUUUCUCUUUCAUUAAUUCACUUUAAACUUUCGAAUAAAGUUACAUAACAACGGUGUAAAUAGUUCUUCGGCAAAGCGUGACAAGGGUGAUAUCCCCUCGCUUACUGUAAUCAACUUGUUGCUUAGCACUAAUUAAAGAGUUGAAAGAUAACAGAAGUAACUGAGAGCAGCUUCCGUAGAUGUGACAUAUAGCCACAAAGAUGCACGGUGAAAGCAAAAAUAGAUGAUAGCUCUAAUAUUUUGGUAUUAACACUUGAAAUAGGAGUAUCACGUGUGGAAGUGUUAAGAGCUCAUCUUUACGAUGUACUGCGUUUCAAAUUAUCUGUAGAACGAAACCAGGAAAAAAUAAAAUAAAUUAUCAAGUAACCUCGUCUGUCCUACCACAUGUUUCAAGCUGUUGUGGGCCUUGUUUAUUCUGAAUGUGCUAAGACCAGGAGUUCAGCUCUCGCUUCCUACCGCGUAGAUAGUAUACAAGUUGCGAGUGCUGUACGCUGUGUUGCCUCUUUAUGUCGCAUUCCUUCUGGAGUGAACAUCGUUGAAAUUCCCUAUCAAAAAAUUAUGUCCAAACAGUCGUAAAUGUUAUGAGAGUUGGAGUGUUCCAAAAGGCGGCGAGCGAAUUAGAAGUACAACUGGACCCGAGUGUUUGUGGUUCCAUCUGGAAGUUAGCGCAGCAAGUACGCCGAUCCCGUCGUUCACCGAAGCUCUGUCGAACGUGGUCGCAUUUCGUGGUGUAUUCUGCAGACGGGCGAAUCUUCUCUUACUACGGCCAUCCGUGAAGCUCGAAUGUCCAGGCUGUAACAAGUCGACGAGAGACAGCGAUUUUCGACGAGUAGUUUUCGGGACAUCGAAAGUAUACAGAGUGAGGUGCAUUAAAAAUUGUUUACAAAGAGCGAGAUUUUGUGUCGUGUGUAACAUACUCUCAGCACAUAAGGAGUGUAGCAGCGAUAUCUGUCGACCACAACCGAUACACUUACCGUACGCUAUACCCCUACUGUUAUGACGUGUUAAAUGUUGAGCGAGGUUCUCUUCUGCUCUAACGUGUUAAUCGGUGCAGUAUAUCGAAUCGUUACUGUCAUUUGCUGUAACCGUUUGUGAACUGUUCAAUAAAAUUCUCUUCUACAGUAAAUUCUUCGUGGGAGUUAACAACACAUAACUGUGGUACUGGUCGAAGUUCACCGCGGCGACUAGAACACGGGACACAGUUGGCGUCUACAAAAGAAUAAAUCGUGGGAAAUUUUGAAUCGCUGUAGCGCAGUCGGCCUCGUUCUCGAUCGGUGUAUUUAUUUAGUGUAGUGUGCUGUGACUCGGAAACUGUGGCAAGGAAUAGUAGCGAGUGUCGUGUGUCACCGUAGCGGCGGUGCUCGGCUGUGAUGGAGGGGCCGCGCGCGUAGUGGCAGCGCGAGAUGGGCUUCUCGUCGGCGGCCGUGGGCGGCCGUGUGUCGGCGCAGCACGAGGCGCUGGCGGCGCGCCAGGAGGCCGAGCUGCGGCUGGUGGACGCGAUGCGCCGCUGCCUCGCCGCCAAGGUGCGCGCAGACCGCGACUACGCCACCGCGCUGCAGGCCGCCGCCGCCGCGCACGCCGCCAAGGCCGACGACCUGCCCGCCGACAGCCUCGUCGCCAAGGCGUGGCGCGCCAUGAUGGAGGAGAUGGAGGCUGCGGCCAAGACGCUGCGCCAGAACGCAGAGGUGGUGGAGAGCCAGUCGCUGGAGGCGCUCAACAACAUCUACGCCGAGAAGCGGCGCGCCCGCAAGCAGUACAUGGAGGACUACAACAAGAUCGUCUCGCAGUUCUCACAGCUGAUGGAGGAGGUUUCCCGCAAGAAGACGGAGUACCACAAGUACCUGGAGCUGUACAAGCUGAUGCGGUCCAGGUUUGAGGAGCACUACGUCAAAGCGGGCCGCGGCGGGCGCAAGCUGGACGAGGUGCGGGACAAGUUCCAGAAGGCGUGCCGGCGGCUGCACGCCACGCACAACGAGUACGUGCUGCUGCUGGCGGCGGCGGCGGAGGCGGAGCGCGCGCUGCGACACCUGCUGCUGCCGGCCGCGGGCCGCCGCGCGCGCGCCGCCCACCUCGCGCUGCUGCCCGCCUGGCGACACGCGCUGCGCGCCGCCGCCCCCGCGCCCGCCCCCGCGCUCCAGGCCGCGCUCGACGCGCUCGACGACGCCGGCCGCGAGUACGACGAGUUCGCCGCCGACCCCGCCAGGUCGUCGCCGCAAGGGCCGGCCACGCCGACGCUGUCGUUCGACGACAGCCUGGUGGAGGACACGUCGGGGAAGCUGCUGCCCAACCAGCUGGCCGUGGACAACCUCACCAUCGAGAGCCUGCGCGCGCGCCUGCAGGAGCUGGAGGCCGGCGUGCGCGACAACCAGGAGCUCCAGCACCACCUGACCGCGCAGCUGCCCUCCGAGCCGGCCGCCAGGGAGCUGGUGGAGGCGCAGUGCGUGGAGCGGCGGCUGCAGCGCCAGCUGGAGAUGAUCCGCGGCGCGCUCAGCGAGCUGGGCUGCGAGGAGCUGCCCUCGGGCUGCGACCUCUCGCUCUCCCUCUCCGUGGAGGCCGCCUUCCGCCAGCCGCCCGCCGCCAACGGCGCCGCCGCCACUGCCGCAGACGUCGACGGCGCCGCGCCCACGCCGCACGAGGCGCCCUCCACGCCCACGCAGGGAGGAGAGCGCCGCACGUCCGAGUCCACGUUCGCGCUGGUGAGACAGCAGCUGGUGCAGAGCACGCAGCCGGGCGGCCGGCCCCUGCAGGAGGAGGAGUGGUUCCACGGGGUGCUGCCGCGCGACGAGGUGGUGCGCCUGCUGACGCACGAGGGCGACUUCCUGGUGCGGGAGACGGUGCGCCACGACGAGAGCCAGGUGGUGCUCUCCGUCUGCUGGGGCGGCCACCACAAGCACUUCAUCGUGCAGACCACCGCCGACGGCAGCUUCAGGUUCGAGGGCCCCGCCUUCCCGACGGUGCAGGAGCUGAUCCAGUACCAGCAGCAGAGCCAGCUGCCCGUGACGGCGCGCUCCGGCGCCGUCUUGACCCGCGCCGUCUACCGCGAGCGCUGGGAGCUCAACAACGACGACGUCGUCCUCGUGGAGCAGAUCGGCCGGGGUAACUUCGGGGACGUGCACAGAGGUAAACUGCGAAAAACUGGGAUGGAGGUCGCAGUAAAAACCUGCCGAAUGACAGUCCCCGAAGAGCACCGUCGCAAAUUCCUCCAAGAGGGGCGCAUCCUGAAGCAGUAUAACCACCCGAAUAUUGUCAGGCUGAUUGGAAUCUGUGUGCAGAAGCAGCCCAUCAUGAUAGUCAUGGAGCUGGUUCCAGGUGGCUCAUUGCUCAAGUUCCUGCGCAGCCACGAGGACGGGCUGACGCAGCGGCAGCUGCUGGGGAUGUGCCGCGACACCGCCGCCGGCAUGAGUUACCUCGAGUCCCACAACUGCAUCCACCGAGACCUCGCUGCCAGGAACUGUCUCAUAGGUCAGAACAACAUAGUCAAGAUUUCGGACUUUGGCAUGUCUCGAGAAGAAGAGGAGUACAUUGUUUCUGAUGGAAUGAAGCAGAUACCUAUCAAGUGGACAGCACCAGAGGCCCUAAACUUUGGUAAAUACACAUCACUGUGUGAUGUGUGGAGUUAUGGCAUUCUCAUUUGGGAAAUAUUUUCUCGUGGAGGAGUGCCGUACAAUGGUAUGAGUAAUUCACAGGCACGCGAGAAAAUUGACAAUGGAUACCGGAUGCCGAAGCCCGACGGGACGCCAGACGAGAUGUACCGCCUGAUGCUGAGCUGCUGGGAGUACAAGCCCGAGAAGCGGCCACAUUUUGACCAGAUCCUGACGGUCGUCGAGACUCUGUACGGCGCUGCGAGGUAGAUCGUGGCCCGACUGUCACUACGGUGCCGAAAGCUGUGACCGUCAUCACGUAGUCGCCGGAGUGAAUUCGAGAAGAGCGGUCGCAGCGGUAUACUAGUCCGACCCGAGUGGCUCCGAACAGCUGGUAGAACACACCACUCUGUAUUUGUCAGGUGCUAGUCAUUAAGUCUGGCUGAGAUAGUUGUGUCAAUACAGUAUUAUUGUGCCAAGUUUCUCAUUUAUUUCAGAGACCUAUGUAGCCAAUCUUUGUGUAGCUAUUAACAAGUGUAAAAUAGUAUAAAGCAGCUAGUGAACAAAAUUUCUUACCUGCUGGAUAUUCAUUGUGCUUUGUGUACAGAAAUGUUAAUACUUUAAAAGUUAGUGGACUUGCUCAACAUCCUAUUCUUUUAUACUGAAAUUAUUUUACAUUACAAAUGUUUAAUCAGCCAGACAAAUUAGAGCCAAGAGACUGUUACUAAAGAAUCUCAGGAGAUUUGAAAUGUUGAGGCAGCUAAUGCUACAGUCACUGUUCAGCUUCUGUGUCAUCAUCUUUCACAUUUCUGGAAACGACAGCUACUGUUAUGGCCGUCUGUCCCAAAACGUCUUUUGUCUUAUUGUUAACAUUAGUUGUGUGUAAAAUAAAAUGUUAGCAUGUUAAUAUUGUAAUUCAAUAAAGAAUAACAAUAAACCGUA